AUGGCUUUUCUCCACCGCCGCCUCCUCCAGGGCGGCCACGGGCGUCUGCACGUCCUGUCGGCGGCGACGGCCGGCGACCAGACGGACGGCAUAGACGCCGCCGGCCUGCGCGUCGCGCGCGAGAUCGAGGCGGCCUGCGACGCCAUCGGACCGAGCGGCUCGCUCUCCGUCGUGGCGCACUCCAACGGAGGGCUCGUUGGCCGGUGGGCGCUGGGAGAGCUGCUCGAGCCCGCGACGGAGGCGCGAGGGCUGCUUGAGCGUUGGAGGCCGCAGCUCUUCCUCACGCUCGCCUCCCCGCACCUGGGCGUCUUCCCGUUCGGCCUCUUUUGGAGCGAGCGGCUCGUGCGCCGCGUCGCGAGCCUCGGCUACUUCGGCACCGCCGGCCGGCAGCUGGCGCUGCUCGACUCUGGCUCGGGCAACGGCGAGACCGCCGCCACGCCGCUGCUGCUCGCGCUGGCCGAGCCGCGAGGCCGCUACGUGAGCGCGCUGCGCCGGUUCGAGCGCCGCGUCGCCGUCGCCAACCGAACGAACGAGGAGGAGGGCCCCGUGGGCGCCGCCGCGUCCACCCGCCGGCGCUCGUCGGUGCACGCUCGCAUGCUGCGAGGCCUCCGCUCCGCGGGCGAGUGGCGGCGCGUCGACGUAGACUUUGGGCUGCGAGGAGCGCUGGGCUGGGCGCACUGGCUAGUCGCGGGCGUCUCGCUCCCGCUGCCCGAGCGCUCCGCCGCCCCGUCCUCCGACUUCCACUUCGCUGCCACCGCCAGCCCCGGCGUGGGUUCCGCACCUGCUGGUGGCGGCGCCGCGGAGCGGGGUGCGCACCGGUCGCCAAGACUGAAGGUGCGCUCUGCGGUGACGGCCGGGGUGCGCUGGGUGGUUAGCGCGGUGGGCCAGGCGGACGCGCUCGCUGAAAUCGCAAACCUGGCGCUGCGGAUCACCAAGGGAGCGACACUUGCCGAGACGGUCGACCGUGCGGUGCGGGAGCUCGGCAUGGAGUCGAGCGUGGCUUCGCUAAACCUGAUGCAGAAGGUGGACGCGUGCCUCGCCACCGUUGGCUUGGCACCCAGCGUUAGCUACGAGAGCUUCAUGUUUGGCGACGUCGGUGGCGGAGGCAUGCCGAUCCGCGGCGGCGCUGCCCUCUCUGGUCGCCGAGGCAGGUUCAGCAACUGGGGCGGCUGGGGUGGCUGGGGCGGCGGCUGGGGCGGCAGGGGGUCGUGGGGCCCCAACGGUGGGUUUGGCGGGCUCCGCCGCGGCAGCGCCGCCGAGCGGGCGCUCGGGAGGGUGUCCGGAGACGCGCAGUGGGCAUACCCCGCGACGGAGUCGCGGCAGGACGCGGCCGCGCCAGGGUCGCAGGCCGCGCCGGCGUCGCAGGCGUCGGCGGAGGCGCCUCAAGCCACCGCGGCGCAGGGAUGCGGCGUGAGUGGCAUGGGCGGGGCGGGCGGUGCUGGCGGCCCUCCCGGCAUGUUGGGCGGCGUGGCGCAGGGCAUGGCGAGAACGGGCGGCCCGCCGCUUGGCAUGGGGGGCGGCUGGUGGCCGGGGAUGGAGGGGGGAGGGCCACCGUUUGGGCUGGGCGGGCCACCCGCGGGUCUGAUGAUGGGCAGCCUGGCGGCCCGCGAGGUUUCGCCGGCGGGCGGCCGAAGCGAGCUCGUCGACCAGCUGCUCGAGGAGAAUAAGCGGCUGCAGGAGCCAUUGGGUUCUUCCAUCCUAUUUGCCCUCUUCUGUCUCGUCGUGGUCGACCCAGUGGCUAGUUCCAUUUCACUGUGGCACAGCUCGCGUUACAAAACCUACUCUCCUAAGCUGUGA